GGUGCGGUCCACAGCUGACCUCGCGCAGGCGAGUAACAGACAUUUAUCCAUCCUUCCGAAACUUCUGCCCCUUGCCCGGUAAUGCCCCACUGAUGACCAAGGAUACGGGUCCCCAGCUUCUGUCCCUUUUAGACCUCAUCCCUCGCAGUGCCAUUGGCGCCCUGACCCGCAGCGAGGACACCUGGAGUUUUCCAGGUCCAAGGCCGAGUCCCUGCGAACCUUGGAACAUGAUCCUUCCUGCCGCCAUCCCCACCCCUCCUCCUCCAGCCCCCGACUCUUCUCCCUCCGGCUCCACCUCCGCCCUUCGCUGCGACCGCCCCUGGCAGCCGUCUCCAUAGCGCGCACCCGACGCGGGAAGCUGGCCCGGCGAGGGACGCGCGGAGAUAGGGCGCCGGACCCCUGUCUCCUUCCGGCUUCACUGGAAUGCUCCACCAGGCCUGGAUUCAACAAGGAGAGCCACUUCUCAGAAUCCAAGUGGAAUCUAACACUAUGAAACGAUGCCAAGAGAAAAGGAAGGAAAUCGAAAAACUAAAGGAGCACCCCUGCCCAUCGUUACAACUCUUCAAAAGUUCCUGAAAACGUAUGAGAAGCAUUGUGCCCAGACUCAGACGUCCGUGUGUCCGGCCAUCAAAAGGGACUUGAAAACCAGUAUCAACAACGAGCAGAUUCUCAGCAAGUUUGUACUUGUAAGACCUGAUGAUUCCCCGCCAAGCAUCCUGCCAGUUUCCUUGGAACCUUUGCUCAUGACCGUGCAGGAUGAGUGUUACAUGCUGGGGAGAGAGAUCUCCAUCUGGGGCCUUCAACUGAGCAACCCAGAGGUGGCCAGACUCGCUUCGCUUCUGGAAUCAAAGGGGCGCACCUGCCCAUUUACCACCCUCAAACUCAUGGAUUGCAGGAUGGAUGCGUGGUCUCUGGGGAGACUUGGGACAGCUCUGCAGUUCAGCACUUUGCGUUCUCUCGUCCUCGAUUACUGCAAAUUUGGAAAUGAAGAAAUUGAGAGUAUUUUCUCAGGCCUGGAGAACAACCAGAGGCUUCGAGACCUCAGCCUGCGCUUCUGUGGCCUGGGGCCGCAGAGUGGGCCGAGGCUGGGCUCUGCCGUGUGCCGGAGUGUGGUCCGUGAGCUGCACCUGGAUGGCAAUUAUCUGCAAUGUUCUGGAGCUCUGGGGCUCCUCAGGCCCAUAGCGGAGUAUGUAGAGAUGCAGGGGAAGGACCAGCCAGCCACUGCCCCACCAGACACCAGGAAUCCCCCUCAGCCGCUCCAAGCCAGACAGAGAGCAAGUUCAGCUUUGAACCAGAUAAGAAAGCCAUCUGGAGCUGUAACAGUGAAAACCACUUCUGGGAAGAAAAAGAGAAAAAAAGGAAUCAAGAAAAAAAUUAAAGAUUUGACUGAAGCUGGUUCUUGGUUAGUGAAGUUGUAUUUAGCAGAUAACGGCAUAGAUGGAAAAGGAAAAGAGGGAGAAAAUAGCUUGUUGGAAUUCACUCAAAUUUUAACACGCCUGAUCAGAUACUCCACCCACUUACAAGAGCUUGACCUUGGAAACAAUGUCCUGGGGGAAGCGGCGGCUGCUGACAUACUUGAAGCACUGAGAGCCAGAAAGACAGGUAAACUGCCAGUCUUAAAAAUUACAGUCACUCCCCAGAUCUCUUCAGACACCUUCAGAUCUAUUUGGGAAAACAGCCAGAAAUUUAGUAUUACUCGUAAAAAGAAGAAAAAAGGUAUGCUGUUAGAUAUCUGUGCUGGCUAAAAACUGAAUAUGGAUGCUGUAUCUCCAUAUGGAUUCUAUCUACUUCCAUGGCCAGCCAGACAAGCCUGGAAAGAUAUUCAUUGUUCUAUGAUAAUACUUUUCACUGUAACCAAGCCUCUUUCAAGUUCUAAAAUUUGAUUAAGACUAUUUUAUGAAAGUUCAAAGUACUACUAGUCCUAUCAGGCUUGUCAUUUUCUAAAACGUGGAUUUCACAAGUAGGCCUUAGUGAAAAUCAGUGGGGUCCUUCUCUGGGGCUUCUUCUCUUGUGCAUGUGAAAUUUAUAAUUUGAAAAAAGUCAUGAUCUUUAUCUAAGAGAGAAAGAAUCUUCUUUCCCAAAUUAUCUAUAGUUGGGAACAACAGGAAUUUAGGGAAAUAACCACUUUCUAAAAGACAGCAUCCCUAAAAAUGGGGAUCUUCCCCAAAUGAACAAACUUCUGAUGACUCAACUCCCUACCUUUACUAAGAUUUCAGACAGCUCCACGGGAAAUGGAAGAGGUGUCGCUGAUCAAUUCAUGGAUGAUAAAUUGGAUUAGUUAAGUUGAAUAUGGUACAGGGAUGAAAGGCAUGGACUGGGCAUUUAGAUGAACCAGAAUUCUCUGUGGCAGCCUGCUGCUUUCCAUGUGACCUUGGGCAAGUCAGUUAACCUCACUAUGCCUCAGUUUCUCCUUAUGUAGGAUACAGGUAAGAACAGCUCAUUUGGUGAGCACUGGAUGAGGUGACACAUGUCAAGCAUUUUAGGACAAGACCUGUUUCACAGUACGUUUUCAAAAGUAAGUAUUAGUGGCUGGUAUUAUUGUUGACAUUAGAAUGGAGUCAUUUCAGUUAUUUCACUUAGAACAGCUAAACAAGAAAAAUAGAAAAAAGAAGAAAAAAGACUUGAGACCUCUACAGCAAGAUAUCUCCACCCACUUCCUGGCCUCCAAGGCCUCCCAUCUCCCCCAGUUCAAACUUCACCUCUUCCAUGAGGCUUUCCCUCACUACAUCAGUCCUGAGGAAUGUUUCUGUCCCUCACAGCACUUAACACACCACUCAACAAACAGCACAAAUUAGCAUCUAGCCAAAUGUGACCCCGUGUCCACAUUUAUAUUUUACAUAUGUAUGCAUACUUGGCUCCCCUGCCAGAUUUCUGGAGUUUGGUUAGCCCUGAUCCAGGCACAAGGCCAGACAUCAGGAAUAUAAGGGGAUGAGGAGGCCCAGUAAGAAGAGGUGGGAGGCUCUGAAC